CGUACAUUUUUGCGUUCGUUAAUGCGAUAGUGCGCUACAUUUCUGCUGAAGUUGUCCUUAUUGCUUUUUGAUAAAUCACAUUCAGUGAGUCUCACAUUCAAUUAUUGAAAUGAUUACCAUCAACAUUUCCACAACCUUUUCAUGUUAACACACUUGGAAGAGUAUGAAAAUCGAUAAACAAUUAGAUCAACAUCUAACAGUUAUCCUCCUAAACUAGCUACUGAACGAUUAAAUAACAUAAUUUUACGUUCUACACUUCCGGCAUAUUCUGCUUUACAGUAGUAAUGUCACAAGGAUACUUUGUUGUCUCGGUGAGACUAUUAGAAGACGAAAAAAUGGAAGAAAUAAACGUGCCGGAGGAUGCCUCUGGAAAAUGGCUUUUUGAAGAAAUCUGUUGUCAACAAGGAGUGAUGCAGGAACGUGAAUAUUUCGGCCUUCGUUACCUGGAACAUGAAAUGCUUUCGUCUCCAACAAAGCGUUGGAUCGACCUUACGAGAAAUUUAUCAUCACAACUCAAGCACACUUAUCCUCGUCAAGUAAGCUUUCGUGUUAAGCAUUACCCAGCUGACCCGAUUGUUGAUUUGAGGUUACCUAAAUCCCACUACCUCCUCUAUCAUCAAUUGCGUCGUGAUUUAAUAAGUGGGAGAUUAGUUGUACAGACUGAUGUCCUAGUCCGACUUGCUGCACUUGUAGUUCAAGUGGAACUUGGAGACAUUUCAGCGCAGGAACCGCUUGAGACAUCCGUAAAGAAUGACAAACAUCAAUAUUUACGUGAAUUUCGUGUGCUGCACAAUCAGACUGAACGCCUUGAAUCGCUUAUCAUAAAAGAACAUGAAAAACUGGAGAAUUUUUUACCUUCUGAAGCUGCUAGUGAAUUGAUACACCUUGCCAGCAGUCUGGAUACAUAUGGUAUUGACCCGAUUCGUGUUAAGACUAAAGCUUAUGGCUCACGACACAUACAUUUGGGUCUUACUCAUCAAGGUGUAGCUGAAUUUAUAGGCAACCGGCGCCAAAAGUUAUAUCCAUGGUCAGCUAUCUCUUGGAUGACUUGUAAUGGCAGAGAUUUUGUUGUUGCAACUUCAUAUCAACAUCCUGGACGAAAGAAAAAGUGCAUCUGUUGUUGUUGUUGUAUGCAAGAUUUCUUUUGUCAUCAUAAAAUAAUUGCUUACACUAACUUAUUUAAAACAAUAACAACUAUUCAUUAUAAAUGCGAUAAUAAGUCUGUUGCACAAGCUUUAUGGGAAUGGGCAUCAGAUCGACAAUUGUUUUUCACUUUAGAUAAAUCUUCAUCUGUCAAACCGGUUAAAUCGAAGAAAACACUGUUCCAACGAACAAGAACCUUUACAUUCUCUGGCCGAUGUCGUCGUGAAGUUAUUGGAAGACCACUGCUAACCACUAGUUUACCCACUGAUAUAUGUGGAAUUUCUGUAGCUGAAGAAAAUCUUUCUUUUAAUAAUCCAACUUCAAGUAAUGCAUAUAGUCUAAGUAUGGGUGCUCUCACAAAUGGUACUGGUCGUAGUACGAAUACACAUAUUGAAAACAAUGUUGAAGAUGGUGAAUCAACUCAGACUGCUCCAGCUACAACAACUUCAGGAUUAUUAUCAAUAUCAUCAACAUCGUUAGGCUAUUCACGAGCUCCUGCAUUAUCAGAGCCUUCAGUAGCACGUAAUAUCACUAAUAAUUCAAUAGAGGAAAGUAUUGAAAAUCAAGUCAGUUCACACAAUCUCUCAGGUCCGUUUGUUGUUAAUUCAAAUCAAUUGGUUCCACUUUUUACUAAUCUACCUAAACAUCGUUUCAGUACAGAAGCUAAAAGAAGACAACGUGAAAUUUUAAAGCAACAGUCGAAAUAUGGAUUAUAUCAACAAAAUCACUCAGAUAUAUUCGAUACUGAUGAUGAAUGUGACAAUGAUGAUACAUCAUCAGAAGCUGCAGUGGAAGCUCUGAAUUCUGCUGCCAAAGCUGGAGAAGCAUGGUUAACCAAUGAGUUAGGACAGGAGGGCAAAAAACGAAUAUCACUUUCACCUGCUAAAUCAUGGUUCAAUUUUUUCCAUUCAUCAAAUACUGAAAAGGAUGAUAAGCAAACCUCUUCUGUUCAAAGUGAAAAUGUUCGUAACGCUAAUCAUUCAUCACUUCUGAAUCUAACAAAUAAUGACACUUCUGUUACAGAUAUUGAUUCUGAGUCUUCUACUGAACCUGUAUCUAUUUGGCGUUUUGCUGCUGUAUCUGCUGGUUUCAUGACAUGUGCUUCAAUUUUUGGUUUAGCACUUAUACUUGAAGCUGAAGUGCAUUCACCAAUCAUGGCAACAAUUCGUGGUCAUCCAUGGUUUUUAGAUUUUGAUUCUCGUUUUUAUCGACCUAUGCGAUCUGCUCUUCUUGGUUUCUGGCGUCGUUAAUAAUAUCUACCUAAUAUACUUAGCUUAUUUGUUUAAGUAGCAUAUUUGUCUAACCUUGUUUUUUUUCCUUCGUUUAUUUGUUGUGGUUUAUUUUUUAAUAGGAUAGUAUUUUUUUUGUAUAGAUUUUUUUCAUUUUCCAGCUUAAAUGUAAAAUGUUUCAAGGUCUAUAGUUCAGGUUUACAUAAUCCACAUAUUACGUGAUAUUUGUUGUGCUUUUAUCUUUCUUUCCAGUUGUCAUUUCUGCUGUUGUCCUUUUUGUUUUUUUCCUUGACUAUGAUUUUUGACUUGAGUUUUUUCUUUUAUCAUUAUAUUCAUUUAUUUAUUGUGUGUUGUUACUAUUAUUAUUCAUAUUGCUACAACUCACUCAUUGUAAUGAAAUUCAUCAUUUUCGGUGUUCUUGAAUAAUAUGUCAUUGUUGUUUUCAUCUACUCGGAUAAUAUCUACAUACAUAUAACGUGUUUUGAAUUUUUGCUUUCGAAGUUUUCGAUUUCAAUGUUGAUUUGAUGGUGAUGAUCAGCUUUCGUGGUAAUUUCACCCUUUCUAGCAUAAAAUCAAUAAAACUGUAUACUGUAAACAAACACCAUUUUAAACAGUGCAUUUAUGGUAGAUAUGUGCAGACAAUGAAAAUUCAUCAGUAGUAUAUUGUUCUGUUUUCUCCGUCAUUGUCAAAUUGCUUAUUAUUUAUCACUGACCUUUUCUUUUUUCAUUUCACUAUAUUUUCAUCCAUUAUUUGUUAAACCCUUUAUAGUUUUUAUUAUAAAUUACUGCAUUUCACUACAAUUUGAAUUACUAUAAAAAUAUAUAUGUGCCUAAAUAGUAUU